AUGGCUACACCAUUGGAAUACUAUAACUCGAUACCACCAGUAACAAAGACAUAUGCUGUGGCCUGUUUAUUCGCCACAGGCGCUUAUACCCUGGAGCUUUACAACAUUCGGAACAUUGCACUUCUGUACUCAGAUGUGUUCAAAAGAUUUCAGAUUUGGAGGCUCAUCACACCCCUCUUCUUCAUAGGGCCAUUUUCCUUAACGUUUGCUUUCAGACUCUUGACAAUAUUGUACUAUGGAACUCAGUUAGAAAGGGGGCCUUUUGACAAGAGGACAGCAGAUUUAGUAUGGAUGUAUGUAUUUGGAGCAGCCUCGCUCUUGGUUAUGGCAGCUAUUCCGUACCUGUGGACACCAUUUUUGGGACCAUCCAUGGUUCUUGUUAUUGCUUACGUCUGGGGUCGAGAAUUCCCAAAUGCUCGUAUCAAUAUACAUGGCCUGUUUGAGUUAAAGGGAUUCUACAUUGCUUACUAUAUGAUAGUAGCAGAAUUGGUUCUUGGAAAUCCAUUGAAACAAGCUAUGAUUGGGAUUGCCGCAGGACAUCUCUACUACUUCAUGACAGUUCUCUAUCCUCUUAAGACCGGAAAUAAUAUCUUAAAGACUCCUCGUUGGAUUCAUAAACUGGUAGCAUUCUGGGGAAAGGGCUUCCAAAUUAAUUCUCCAUUCAGAAACGACCCUGCGGAAGGAGUAGCUUUUAGGGGGAGAGGUCGUCGCCUGAAUGGAAGCAGAAGCACUUCAACAAGAUCAGAACGAAGAGAUUCUGAGCCGGUCGACACAGGCACCCCAGCACCAUCGAGUUCAGGUUCUGGCGUGUCUUUUCGUGGCAGAAGCCACCGCCUAGGUAGUCGGUAG